UUUGGGUCACCGCCUCCGACGCCUCGCCUCCGCCUCCGCCCCGACGCUCCGCCUCCAACUCCACUUCCAGUUUGCCCCAAAUCCAAAAGCCCUAGGUACAGUCCUGGGCGGGCCGACCCUCCCCAAAUCGAGCCAGGGCACGGGCCCGAUCUACUUGUUUAUGUUAAUUUGCCUUUUGUUUUUUUUAAUUAACUUGUACUUAUACAUCCAGCCCAUAAACUUGUAACUGACGAAACAACACGACGUCGUUUUGAUAAUUGUAUAACCAUUUCCCAACCCUCGAUUCCUUCUGUCUGUGCAGCGAUUCUAGUUCAUUGUUGUUCAGUUGGGACGAAUAAAAAUCGCAACUCAUCAAAGGCUAAUCCGGAAAAAAAUGAGUGCUUUCAAUGCAUUUAAAGCGAAUGUUCCUAUUGCGUGGAGCCCUAAUCUGUACAUAACGCUGGUGAGGGGAAUCCCGGGCACAAGAAGGCUCCACCGGCGCACGUUACAGGCAUUGCGCCUCAGCAAGUGCAACCGUACUGUCACACACUACAAUACUCCCUCUCUCCGGGGAAUGCUUCAGCAGGUGAAGAGAUUGGUGGUGGUUGAGACGGAGGAAAUGUACAAUGCUCGCAAGGAGAAAGAGGCUAAACACCGGGCAAUUCGCCCGCCUUUGGUCGUCAGUCACCAUCAACUUCCUGCCAGUGAUUCUUCGGCUUGAUUGCUCCGAUUUUCUCAACUGCCUGCAGGAAUAACUCAUAAGUCGUCUCUGCCAACAGAUGGACAUGAAAGUCAAAAGGAAGAGAUUGGGAAGUGUUGAGCUAUGUGGAACCAAAAGAAAUCCAACUCUCCUUUUUAACUCUUUGAAGCUACCUUUGUUGAAGAAAAAUUAUUCUUGUUUGAUGUUUUGAGACAUAUGAAAAUGUUUACGCAUUUUAAGAAUUUCGGACAUGGUACUUUGGUUAUUUACUUUUCUUGGUUCGAUAUUUCUUUUUGCUCGUAUUUCUUGCUUCUGUUUCAUCACAUGUGACUUUGUUGGUUUCUUUCUGCAUACAUGGCUUGGACCUAACUUCUUCUACAACUGUGGAAGUUUUUAAAAUUCGAAGAACUACGUUUUAAUUACGA